GGAUGAUUCAGAUGAACGAGCCUAGCGCCAUGACAAGUAUGGCCGAUAAUGCCUUAUUUUGGAGUAAUUGAAUAUUUUGUUUCUAUAGAAUAAUUAUAUGAUUGAAUUACAAAUAAAUCAAUCAUAACUAUCAGUAUGACAGCAAAUUAUUAUUUUGUUAUUGUUGGUAAUGCAGAUAACCCAUUAUUUGAGAUAGAAUUCAGUGGUUCAAAUAAAGAUUCUAAGAAAGAAGACCAUGCUCAUCUUAGUCAAUUUAUAGCUCAUGCAGCUCUUGAUUUAGUUGAUGAACAUAAAUGGAAAACGACAAGCAUGCAUUUAAAAGUAAUUGACAAAUUCAAUCAAUGGUUUGUCAGCGCAUUUGUUACAGCAACUCAAAUUAAAUUUCUUAUGGUUCACGACACUAAAAAUGAAGAUGGUAUUAAAAACUUCUUCAAUGAGAUAUAUGAGAUGUAUAUAAAGUAUUCUAUGAAUCCGUUUUACAAAUUGAACACUCCAAUCAAUUGUGUUAGCUUCGAAAAAAAAGCUCAACUGUAUGGUCGAAAAUACUUAUCAUCAUAAAUAUUUAUGAUAAAAUAAGAAAUAAUUAUAAAAUCAUUUAUAAAUAUUUAAAUACUUGUACAUUUUUAAUUUAUUUUAAAUUAAUGAAU